AUAACAUUCGGUUGAGAAGGCUAAGCUUCUAGAAUCAGUCCCUAUAAAAAGCUCGUGAGAGAAGCUAAAAAACUUGCAUGUUUCAACAUCAUGGCAGUGAUAGAAGAAAAAGGCCCUGCAAAUGGGAACCAAGAUUACACUCAAGAUGGGACAGUGGACCUUAAAGGUAGACCCGUUUUGAGAUCAAAAACGGGAAAAUGGAAAGCAUGUUCCUUCAUAGUAGGGUAUGAAGUUUUUGAGAGGAUGGCUUUCUACGGGAUAGCAUCAAACCUAGUUAUAUAUCUAACAAAUAAGCUCCAUGAGGGUACUGUGACAUCCUCGAACAACGUUAGCAACUGGGUUGGUGCAGUGUGGAUGAUGCCACUGGCAGGAGCUUACAUAGCCGAUGCCUAUCUUGGACGAUAUUGGACCUUUGUAAUUUCAUCAUGCAUUUAUGUUUUGGGAAUGUGUCUGUUGACUCUAGCAGUUUCACUGCAAGCACUGAGGCCACCACCAUGUGUUGAUGAUCUCAAUUGCCCGCGAGCAUCGUCACUACAAUAUGGUAUUUUCUUCUUGGCGCUUUAUAUCAUUGCAAUAGGCACAGGGGGGACCAAACCCAACAUUUCCACCAUGGGAGCUGAUCAAUUUGAUGAGUUUGAGCCCAAAGAGAGAUCACAUAAGCUUUCAUUUUUCAAUUGGUGGUUUUUUAGUAUAUAUUUUGGUACCCUUUUCGCCAACACUGUCUUGAUUUACAUACAAGACAAAGUCGGUUGGACUAUUGGGUAUGCCCUUCCCACCCUUGGCCUUGCUGUUUCAGUAUUGGUGUUUUUGGUAGGAACACCAUAUUAUAGGCACAAAUUGCCCUCUGGUAGCCCAUUAACAAGGAUGCUUCAGGUCUUUGUUGCUGCUACAAGGAAGUGGAAGCUACAUGUCCCAGAGGAUCCAAAAGAGCUACAUGAGCUGAGCAUUGAAGAGUAUGCGAGAAAUGGGAGAAACCGAAUUGAUCAGAGCUCUUCAUUGAGUUUCCUUGACAAAGCUGCUAUAAAGACAGCCCAAACAUCACCAUGGAAGCUUUGUACAGUGACUCAAGUAGAGGAAACCAAGCAAAUGGCAAAACUGAUUCCUAUUUUGCUUACAACGAUUACUCCAAGCACCAUGGCAGUUCAAGCGGGCACACUCUUUAUCAAACAAGGCACCACGCUAGACAGGAGCAUGGGACCCCAUUUUAAAAUCCCCUCAGCAGGGCUUGCAGCAUUUGUAACCAUCUUCAUGCUCAUAACCAUUGUUGUCUACGACCGUCUUUUUGUUCCUGCAAUACGCCGCUACACAAAGAACCCGAGAGGAAUCACGAUGCUGCAGAGAUUUGGCAUUGGACUUGUGUUACAUGUCAUCAUAAUGAUAACUGCAGUCUUAGCUGAAAGAAGGAGACUCAGUGUUGCAAGAGAGAACCACCUUUUUGGCCCACAUGAUACAAUUCCUCUAACUAUUUUCAUCCUUCUCCCUCAGUAUGCUUUGGCAGGGGUUGCUGAUAACUUUGUGGAAGUUGCCAAGAUGGAGAUAUUCUAUGAUCAGGCACCAGAUGGCAUGAAAAGUCUAGGAACAUCAUAUUUCACAACUAGCAUGGGUGUUGGAAGUUUCCUCAGUAGUAUUAUUUUGUCAACUGUUGCGGAUAUCACCAAGAGAAAUGGUCACAAGGGUUGGAUUUUGGAUAAUCUAAACGUCUCCCGUUUAGAUUAUUAUUAUGCAUUCAUGGCCGUACUAAGCUUUCUCAACUUCCUCUGCUUUUUGGUUGCUUCCAAGUUGUUUGUCUAUAAUGUUAAUGAUGUAAAACAAAACAGAUCGAGCUUGGAGAUUAACCAUGUUUCAUCACAGUCACAGAACAAUACUGGUGUAAGCAGAAGCACACUGCAACCAGAUGGCAAAUCCUAGGAAAACACCUCAUAUUCUUAUCCGAUUAGCCUUUUUAGGAAUAUAUAGUGUGCUUUUGAUGUAGAUGUAUCCUACUGGGAUGCUUUCUUAGCCUAGUCCUUGCCUUGCUACUUAAGAUCUUGGUUAAAGUGAAAAAUAGUGUAUUUUGCUUGUUUAAGAACAUAAACGAAAUCAUGGGCAGUUUUCUUGCAACUGUGCUGAGAAAAUUUCCAAUUUCAAAUUUUCCACCCAUGUAUUUUCUUGCAUGCAAAUAUUGAGAAAAUGUAGUUUUUUAUCGGUUACUUAUAAGUACAUCUAAAAAACCUUCAACCAGUGUGCAGCAUUUUAUAAGUACUUAUUGCCCCAAAGUGUCUUCCCCAUACAACUCUGGAGGGGUUAACAAAAAGGUUCUUCUUGGUGUUAUCAUACCAGUUUCUUGCUUAUUUAUUGGGAUGAUUGGUGUUGGAAUCCUAUUAUGCCACCGGCACACAAAAAGAAGCCUUGAUGAAGAGUCCAAAAGCAUUGAAAAAGUGAUCGGUCUAUGUUGAGAAUCUGAAUCAGCAUCUAUUAUUUGAG